AUGUCCCUGGGGGGCUGGGGGUCGCUGGUCAACCCCACCGGGGUGGCGGCCUGCCGGAGGUCGGGGCGCCUGGCUGUGGCACACGACGGCAAGAAAAGGAUCCACGUCUUUGGGCCCAGCGGAUCCUGCCUGCAUCGGUUCGGGGAGCGGGGGGACGCGGGCAACGAUAUCAAGUACCCGCUUGAUGUGACGGUCACGUCGGACGGCCAUGUGGUGGUCACCGAUGGCGGGGACUGCUCCGUGAAGGCCUUUGAUUUUGAGGGAAGGGGGGUCCUGGCUGUCCGGGAAGGUUUCUGUUUGCCCUGGGGCUUGGAUGCCACCCCUGAGAGUGAAGUAAUCCUGACAGACUCGGAGGCAGGCGCGCUCUACCGCUUGACAGCCGACUUCAGGAAAGGGAAAUUAAAGAAGUGUCAAAUGAUCCGGUCUCAGCUCAUCAGCCCAAGAGGGGUUGCAGUCUCCCAGACCUCGGGUGCUAUCGUGGUAAUAGAGCACCUGAAAGCUCAAGGACUGAACAACAGCAGCACCCGAGUGAAGAUAUUCAGUGCAGAGAUGGAUCUCAUCGGCCAGAUGGAUAGCUUCGGUCUGAACCUCGUUUUCCCCUCUAAAAUAUAUACUACGGCUGUGGCCUUUGACAAAGAGGGCCGCAUUAUAGUAACGGAUGUCUGUAGCCAGGCCGUAAUAUGCUUGGGGAAACCUGAGGAGUUUCCCAUCUUUAACCCUCUAAUUAGCCACGGGCUUUCUUAUCCUGUAGGACUGACUUAUAUGGCGAACAAUUCCCUCGCCAUUUUAGACAGCGGUGAUCAUUCAAUAAAAAUAUAUAGCUCCACCUGA